AUGCGCACUCGCCCUGGGCCCUGGCCCGCCGCGUCGGGGUCGCUUUCCCUCUCCCUUCUUUCCCGGGUCGCGCGACUCCCCGCAGCCCUGCCCACCCGGCUGUUUGUGAGGGUUCCUCUCCCAGUCGCUGAGAGAAGCUGCUGCUCCGGCCUCGGGUGCGCCAGGACCCGGAUGUGGAGUCGCUGACGCCGGCGGGGACUCCGAGGCUGGGCGGAGCGCGGCGGCGUGCGUGGGGCUGAGAGCGGGGGCCGCUGGGCAGGGGCGCUCGCCCAGCGCCGGGUGGUACCACCACUGCCCACGGGGAGGCGGCGGCCCCGUCCUCGGGCGCCCACCCGAAGCGAGGGGCCGGGGAGAGAAAAGGCCGGCAGUUAAGCUGGCCCCCCGCCGCCCUCGACGACCCCCCGGGCUAGCUGCACUCGGCUCCCCGCGCUCCCGGCCGGGGGAGAGCGUGGUUUCCGGGCGGCCGUCGCUGUAGCCCGGCCGGGAGCCCCGAGGAAGCGGAGUCCCCGCCCACGGCGCCUUCCCCGCUCCUCCGCCCGCCCGCCGCCGCCUCCGAGCCGCUGCGGUCGGGCGUACUGUCUGAGCGGGGGCGCGGCGGCGGCGGCGACGGCGACGGCUGGCGAGUGGCGGUGGGCUCGGCGGGGAUCGCGCCGCCCCCCCCCGAGAGUUCCCCCCACGUUCCCCGCGGCUCGCUGCCGCCCCCGCCGGCGUCGAGAGGCCGGCCCGGGCCCGACUCCCUCACGGGGCCCCCGGCGGCGGCGGCGGCGGCGGCUGCAGCGGAGCCCACCGCUGGGGCCCCGAUGAGUAACUCCCGGAACAACCGGGUGAUGGUGGAAGGGGUCGGGGCGCGGGUAGUGCGCGGCCCGGACUGGAAAUGGGGGAAGCAGGACGGCGGCGAGGGCCAUGUGGGCACGGUCCGGAGCUUCGAGAGCCCCGAGGAGGUGGUGGUGGUGUGGGACAACGGCACCGCCGCCAACUACCGCUGCUCGGGGGCCUACGACCUGCGCAUCCUGGACAGCGCGCCCACGGGCAUUAAGCAUGAUGGGACCAUGUGUGAUACCUGCCGCCAGCAACCAAUCAUUGGCAUUCGAUGGAAGUGUGCAGAGUGUACAAAUUAUGAUUUGUGCACAGUUUGUUAUCAUGGAGAUAAGCAUCACUUAAGGCAUCGCUUCUAUAGAAUUACUACACCUGGAAGUGAGCGGGUUCUAUUAGAAUCUCGCAGAAAAUCUAAGAAGAUUACAGCCAGAGGGAUCUUUGCAGGUGCCAGAGUGGUACGAGGAGUAGACUGGCAAUGGGAAGAUCAGGAUGGAGGAAAUGGACGUAGGGGGAAGGUAACAGAAAUCCAAGACUGGAGUGCAUCAAGCCCACAUAGCGCAGCAUAUGUUCUCUGGGAUAAUGGUGCUAAGAACCUUUACAGAGUUGGUUUUGAGGGCAUGUCUGAUCUGAAGUGUGUCCAGGAUGCCAAAGGAGGUUCUUUCUACAGAGAUCACUGCCCUGUGCUAGGUGAGCAGAAUGGCAAUAGAAAUCCUGGUGGGUUGCAGAUUGGUGACCUGGUAAAUAUAGACCUUGACCUAGAAAUUGUACAGUCUUUGCAGCAUGGUCAUGGAGGAUGGACUGAUGGCAUGUUUGAGACUUUAACUACAACUGGAACUGUUUGUGGCAUCGAUGAAGAUCAUGACAUUGUAGUACAGUAUCCGAGUGGCAAUAGGUGGACCUUCAAUCCUGCUGUUCUCACUAAAGCAAACAUUGUCCGAAGUGGGGAUGCUGCUCAAGGUGCAGAAGGAGGCACCUCACAGUUUCAAGUGGGUGAUCUUGUACAAGUUUGUUAUGAUCUGGAAAGAAUUAAGCUUCUGCAAAGAGGACAUGGAGAAUGGGCUGAAGCUAUGCUCCCAACUUUAGGUAAAGUUGGCCGAGUACAACAGAUUUAUUCAGACAGCGAUUUAAAGGUGGAAGUUUGUGGCACAUCCUGGACAUACAAUCCAGCAGCAGUUUCCAAGGUGGCAUCUGCAGGAUCAGCCAUUAGCAAUGCAUCUGGUGAAAGACUUUCCCAACUCUUGAAGAAAUUAUUUGAAACCCAAGAAUCUGGUGACCUCAAUGAAGAAUUAGUUAAGGCUGCUGCCAAUGGAGAUGUUGCUAAAGUGGAAGAUUUGCUAAAAAGACCAGAUGUGGAUGUAAAUGGACAAUGUGCUGGCCACACUGCUAUGCAAGCUGCUAGUCAGAAUGGACAUGUUGAUAUUUUGAAGUUACUUUUGAAACAAAAUGUGGAUGUAGAAGCAGAGGACAAGGAUGGAGAUAGAGCUGUUCACCAUGCAGCUUUUGGAGAUGAAGGUGCUGUUAUAGAAGUAUUACAUCGAGGCAGUGCAGACUUGAAUGCUCGCAACAAACGCCGACAGACACCACUUCAUAUUGCUGUCAAUAAAGGUCAUCUUCAAGUUGUAAAGACUUUAUUGGACUUUGGUUGUCAUCCAAGUCUUCAGGAUUCUGAAGGUGAUACUCCUCUUCACGAUGCAAUAAGUAAGAAACGCGAUGACAUCUUGGCAGUCCUUCUGGAAGCUGGGGCGGAUGUCACCAUUACAAACAAUAAUGGAUUUAAUGCCCUGCACCAUGCUGCACUAAGAGGAAAUCCCAGUGCAAUGCGUGUUUUACUAUCUAAAUUACCAAGACCAUGGAUUGUGGAUGAGAAGAAAGAUGAUGGUUAUACUGCCUUGCAUCUGGCUGCCCUUAAUAAUCACGUGGAAGUGGCUGAAUUAUUGGUACAUCAGGGUAAUGCAAACCUGGAUAUCCAGAAUGUGAACCAACAAACGGCCCUCCAUCUCGCUGUUGAACGACAGCACACCCAGAUUGUUAGGCUUUUGGUCCGUGCAGGUGCCAAAUUAGAUAUUCAGGAUAAGGAUGGGGAUACUCCUUUGCAUGAAGCUCUGAGGCACCACACCUUGUCUCAGCUACGUCAGCUCCAGGAUAUGCAAGAUGUGGGCAAGGUCGAUGCUGCCUGGGAGCCAUCCAAAAACACUUUAAUAAUGGGACUUGGUACCCAGGGGGCAGAGAAGAAGAGUGCAGCAUCUAUUGCCUGUUUCUUGGCUGCUAAUGGUGCUGACCUUAGCAUUCGAAAUAAGAAGGGUCAAUCACCACUUGAUCUCUGUCCUGAUCCAAGUCUCUGCAAAGCACUGGCAAAAUGUCAUAAAGAAAAAGUCAGUGGUCAAGUGGGUUCUCGAAGUCCUUCUAUGAUUAGUAAUGAUUCUGAAACCUUAGAAGAGUGUAUGGUGUGCUCAGAUAUGAAGAGAGAUACUCUUUUUGGCCCAUGUGGACAUAUUGCUACCUGUUCUUUAUGUUCUCCACGAGUCAAGAAAUGCCUCAUCUGUAAAGAACAAGUUCAAUCUAGGACAAAGAUUGAAGAAUGUGUGGUAUGCUCAGACAAGAAAGCAGCUGUUCUUUUUCAACCAUGUGGACACAUGUGUGCUUGUGAGAACUGUGCUAACCUGAUGAAAAAGUGUGUGCAGUGUCGGGCAGUGGUUGAGCGAAGACUGCCUUUUAUUAUGUGUUGUGGAGGUAAAAGUUCAGAAGAUACCACUGAUGAUAUCUCAAGUGGAAAUAUCCCAGUGUUACAAAAGGACAAAGAUAAUACAAAUGUCAACGCAGAUGUGCAGAAGUUGCAGCAGCAGUUGCAGGACAUUAAGGAGCAGACAAUGUGCCCAGUGUGUUUGGAUCGUCUAAAGAAUAUGAUUUUCCUCUGUGGCCAUGGAACGUGCCAACUCUGUGGAGACCGAAUGAGUGAAUGUCCAAUCUGUCGCAAGGCUAUUGAACGAAGGAUUCUUUUGUAUUAACAAGAAACUCAGUGUGUUUUGUUAGCUAAGGUAUUUGGUUAUGAGAUCUUAGUAAGCCUUUAAACUAGUUGGAGGUUCUAAUGAAUUAAUUUUGGAUAUUAUAGUUUCUUUACUAGAGUAUAAUUAAACUGUAAAUGUACCAGAACAAAAUAACUCUACAAAACAGUGUUUGAAGUUGUGUGUGUUUUAUGUUUUUAUUUUAAUUUUAAUUUGAAACAUCAAAUCCAUGUACUUCAAGAUAAUUUAUUAUUGGCUGAGGGGAAAAUCUAUGAAGGAGGAAAAAUCCUUUAAAGAUCUUCUGUUAUAAAUUUGUUAGACCUCAGAAGAUACAUUUCGUUAUAAUAUGCUAUCCUUCAGUUUAUCAUAAUUUGAUACAGUGAGUUGACACAGGUACUUAGAAAAGUUAUGCAUCAAAUGAAAGGGGCAAGUCAAACUAUUCUGUCACAUAUGGGGAAUAUUAAAGAGUGAAUUUUUUUUAAGGUAACAUAAAGUUAUCCAAAUGAUUGUUUCUGAAUCCUUAGAGCAGUGGUUCUUAACCUUCUGGCCCUUUAAAUACAGUUCCUCAUGUUGUGGUGACCCCCAACCAUAAAAUUAUUUUCGUUGCUACUUCAUAACUGUAACUUUGCUACUGUUAUGAAUCGUAAUGUAAAUAUCUGAUAUGCAGGAUGGUCUUAGGCGACCCCUGUGAAAGGGUCAUUCGACCCACAAAGGGGUUGCAACCCACAGGUUGAGAACGGCUGCCUUAGAGUAAAUGGAAGCAUAGAAUGAGAGAAUAAUGGGUUUGCAUUUAGCUUAUUUUUCUAGAUUUAAAGGGAAAAGGAAACUUGAAUCCAGUUGCCAGUAUCAAAAUGAUGGGUAGACAUGAAAAGGAAAAAUUAUAGUGGGGAACUGUAGGGAGGAAAAUUAUUCAGUCAGAGAGUAUCUAUUAACUGCUGUUAAUGAUUGCCUUUCUUAUGUUAAUUUAUACACUGUUCUGUUCAGUUAGCCUUUAAAAAAAUGCCUGUGAAAAGUAUACCUCAGUUUUCCUUGUGGUUACUUAUCCAGGCUUGAUCUGUCCAGUGAAACAAUAAUACCGUGAUUGGUCUCUGAAGUUCAAUUCAGCCUUUCUAAUAUACUCAACAACAGCAAUACCCUAGUGAUCUGAGAAGGAUAAUGCAUUGCCCAAAGGCAGCAGUUCUUUCUUCUCUGUAUCUGUUAAUUCUGACAGUGAUACUGAUUCUAGGCCUUGCUUCCAUUCUCUCUCAGAUAGUGAGGCUUCCUAUAAAGAAAACAGUCUCUCUUUAUACCUACAGACAAGGACAUUAUUUAAAUUGCCGACAAUACCCAAGACAUAGUAAAUAACCUAAAAAUAAAUACUUUACAAAGAGUAACUAGGACAUUUACAGAAAUAUGUCCAAUUACCCGUAAAUUUUUUAAACUUAAAUUUUGACUUUAGAGCAUCUAAUAAUUUUCUCUCCUUUUAAUGAGUAAUCUUAUCUAGGAUAUGUAUACACAUAAAUAAGAGUUUUGGGGUUCAUUGCUGCUAGAUUAUUAAGAUACCAGCUGUUUACAAUAGUGUCUACUAAAUACUGUGUAUAAGCUUAUUCCUAAGGAUAGUUAUCUUUUUGGUAGUUUUUUCCCCCUCUGAAUCUGAUUCUUACGUCAUUUUUUUCUGCCACAACAACUAACUUUGAAAGUAUUAAGUCUCUAGCCCUCAGAGCAUCAUGAUUCUGACUACUUAAUGGCUUCUGCCAUUGCAAGUGCUGGAGAAAACAAUGGCGAGCUUUGCUGGCUGAUUUUAUAGUCUUGGUAACUCCAUAUCUGUGUUUAGCUGAGUAACGUCAUUGAGAAUGGUAAAAUUUUUAUAAAUUUACAUUUGAAAAUUUAUUGACUCUACUCAGUUAUCUAAUAAAGGGCCACUGAGGCUAUUUGAAGUUAUAAAAUGAUAAAACAUCUGACUGAUGAUGUUCACCUAAUGAGACAAACUAUGCUCUUUUAGAUUUGAAGACAGUGUAAGUCAGGAUUUUCCUUUUCUUCCAUGCCCUAGGCCGCCCAUCUCUUUUCCAGUAGAUCCACUGGUAAGAGGGAACACCUGGCUGACUCACGCAUAGUUUGGCCAACCGGAGGAUUUUAUGGUCUAGAGCUCUAUUUAAAUCCUUUUUAUUUGUCUUCUGAGCUGCAGUGCUAAAACUUAUAUUCCUAAAAGGCAAUUUCAUCUUCCAGAUUUGUUUAGUUCCAUCAUAUUAAAAAUAUAAUAACAUAAACUAUUACAAAAGGUAGUCACUAUAAUUAUAGUGCUAUGCACUUGUGAUUUUCUGUAUUUGUACCACUUUGAAAUUUACUUAACGAAUAGAAAAUGUUUCUCUAGUCACAUUUUCAACCACCUGAAAAAUUAUUUUAAAUUUAUUUGGGGAUCGUGAGAGAGAAUAGGAACUUACGUGAGUUUCCUCUAACUGUGAAACUGCUACCUCUUACUAUAUAUGUUGCGUAGCAGUACUUUCCCAGUUAGGUGUGUUUCCUUCUCGUUACCAUCUCUUCAUCUUACACCUCAAAGAGCUUUUACUUUUCCUGGAAUCUUUCAAAACAAAACAAAACUAAUGUCCAUUCAUUAAAAAACAUAUUGGGCAUCAGGGGCUAGAUAAACGACAUUGAAAAAAAUGGUCAGCACCUUAGCACAUACAGAAUUUAUCAUGCAGUCAUAUAUUUGAAGUAAUCUAUAGACAGAGGGGUCCAAAGGUAUUGAUAGCAUUUCCUAAUGUUUUAUAGGAGUUAUCCAGUAGUAUUUGGAUUCUUUCUACCCCCUCACUCCUACAUUUUCUCUUACUCUUCUAAGAUUGUCAGCUUUGUUACCCAAAACAUACAACUUACCAGAUGGUGGUGCUAUUCCAAUUGUUUUUCUUCACAUAAUUUAACAUUGUUACUGCUUAUACUAUACUAUAAACAUACUUAAUUUUGUUGGGAGCAAGAUCGUUUUUCAAGAAAAGAUCAUUUUGUGUUAGCAUAGGAAUAUAUUAGACAAGUGGUUAGUUUAGCUGGCCAAAUUAUGCUUGGUUAUUAAUUUUAAACAUUGCAAAUUGGCCAGCUAGCUACUGAGGCAUAAAAUUAAUUGAUAAUGUUGAAAAUAAUUCUUAAAUUUAUAUAUUUGAUGGCUUUAGCCUGUAAGACUAUUCUAGCAUAUUGAAAUGCACGUUGCUUAAGAUUUAUCCAAUUCAAAUUUUAAAGCUUGCUUCAUUUUUAUAUGAUAGAAAUAUACUCUCUAGUCUGUGUUGCCCAAUUGCCAUUUUUGUUAUCAAUUUUGGACCCUUUUGGAGUAGGAAUUAGUUAAAUUUAUGAACUAAGAGACUUAGUGAUGGGGUAGGAUAGGGAAAACAGUAGGGUGUUGCUAAAGUAAAAAAGAAAUGUCAAGUGUUUGAAUUAGAGGGAAAAGGGGGUCAUGCAGAUUUUAUCAAAGCAGUAAGUGCAUUUAAUUGGAUAAUAGAAAGGGCCUUUCAACCAGUUUCCAGUGUAGUUUAAUUGACAAUUGUUUUGGAAAUUAUAGGCUUUGAUACAGCUUGCUUAAAAAAAAAAAUCCAAAA